AUGUCUUCCUAUGAGUCAAAAAAGAAUAAGCUUAAGAUAGUGCAUUCAGAGGCCGAGUCUGCCUCCAAAGAAAAGACUGAGAAGGCUGAGGAGACGGAGGAGUCUGAGGCUGAGGAGGCCGAUGAAGCCAAGGAGACAGAGGAAGCGACUGAGGAGGCUGGGAAUGAGGAGGCUGAAGAGGAGACUGGGAAGGCUGAGGAGAUGGAGGAGUCUGAGGCUAAGGAGGCCGAUGAAGCCAAGGAGACCGAGGAGGCUGGGAAUGAGGAGGCUGAAGAGGGUGAAAAGGCUAAGGAAUCUGGGAAGGCUGAGGAAGACUGGGAAGGAGAGGAGACGGAGGAGGCGGAGGAGUCUGAGGCUGAGGAGGCCGAUGAAGCCAAGGAGACAGAGGAAGCGACUGAGGAGGCUGGGAAUGAGGAGGCUGAAGAGGGUGAAAAGGCUAAGGAAUCUGGGAAGGCUGAGGAGUCUGCCUCCAAAGAAGAGACUGGGAAGGUUGAGGAGAUGGAGGAGUUUGAGGCUAAGGAGGCCGAUGAAGCCAAGGAGACCGAGGAGGCUGGGAAUGAGGAGGCUGAAGAGGGAGAAAAGGCUAAGGAAUCUGGGAAGGCUGAGGAGAUGGAGGAGUCUGAGGCUAAGGAGGCCGAUGAAGCCAAGGAGACCGAGGAGGCUGGGAAUGAGGAGGCUGAAGAGGGAGAAAAGGCUAAGGAAUCUGGGAAGGCUGAGGAGAUGGAGGAGUCUGAGGCUAAGGAGGCCGAUGAAGCCAAGGAGACCGAGGAGGCUGGGAAUGAGGAGGCUGAAGAGGGAGAAAAGGCUGAGGAGAUGGAGGAGUCUGAGGCUAAGGAGGCCGAUGAAGCCAAGGAGACCGAGGAGGCUGGGAAUGAGGAGGCUGAAGAGGGAGAAAAGGCUAAGGAAUCUGGGAAGGCUGAGGAGAUGGAGGAGUCUGAGGCUAAGGAGGCCGAUGAAGCCAAGGAGACCGAGGAGGCUGGGAAUGAGGAGGCUGAAGAGGGAGAAAAGGCUAAGGAAUCUGGGAAGGCUGAGGAGAUGGAGGAGUCUGAGGCUAAGGAGGCCGAUGAAGCCAAGGAGACCGAGGAGGCUGGGAAUGAGGAGGCUGAAGAGGGAGAAAAGGCUAAGGAAUCUGGGAAGGCUGAGGAGUCUGCCUCCAAAGAAGAGACUGGGAAGGCUGAGGAGAUGGAGGAGUCUGAGGCUAAGGAGGCCGAUGAAGCCAAGGAGACCGAGGAGGCUGGGAAUGAGGAGGCUGAAGAGGGAGAAAAGGCUAAGGAAUCUGGGAAGGCUGAGGAGUCUACCGAGGAGGCUGGGAAUGAGGAGGCUGAAGAGGGAGAAAAGGCUAAGGAAUCUGGGAAGGCUGAGGAGUCUGCUGAGGAGAUGGAGGAGUCUGAGGCUAAGGAGGCCGAUGAAGCCAAGGAGACCGAGGAGGCUGGGAAUGAGGAGGCUGAAGAGGGAGAAAAGGCUAAGGAAUCUGGGAAGGCUGAGGAGAUGGAGGAGUCUGAGGCUAAGGAGGCCGAUGAAGCCAAGGAGACCGAGGAGGCUGGGAAUGAGGAGGCUGAAGAGGGAGAAAAGGCUAAGGAAUCUGGGAAGGCUGAGGAGUCUGCCUCCAAAGAAGAGACUGGGAAGGCUGAGGAGAUGGAGGAGUCUGAGGCUAAGGAGGCCGAUGAAGCCAAGGAGACCGAGGAGGCUGGGAAUGAGGAGGCUGAAGAGGAGACUGGGAAGGCUGAGGAGAUGGAGGAGUCUGAGGCUAAGGAGGCCGAUGAAGCCAAGGAGACCGAGGAAGCGGCUGAGGAGGCCGAGGAGGCUGGGAAUGAGGAGGCUGAAGAAGGUGACAGCGAUCCAGAGUUUACAGGGGGUCUCGAGCGUGCCCUCAAUGGAUUAUUAUCUGGAAAUUCCGACGCCGUUGGCACCGAGUUAGCGAAGAAGCUUAAGAUAGUGCAUUCAGAGGCCGAGUCUGCCUCCAAAGAAGAGACUGGGAAGGCUGAGGAGACGGAGGAGGCGGAGGAGUCUGAGGCUGAGGAGGCCGAUGAAGCCAAGGAGACAGAGGAAGCGACUGAGGAGGCUGGGAAUGAGGAGGCUGAAGAGGAGACUGGGAAGGCUGAGGAGAUGGAGGAGUCUGAGGCUAAGGAGGCCGAUGAAGCCAAGGAGACCGAGGAGGCUGGGAAUGAGGAGGCUGAAGAGGGUGAAAAGGCUAAGGAAUCUGGGAAGUCUGCCUCCAAAGAAGAGACUGGGAAGGCUGAGGAGACGGAGGAGGCGGAGGAGUCUGAGGCUGAGGAGGCCGAUGAAGCCAAGGAGACCGAGGAGGCUGGGAAUGAGGAGGCUGAAGAAGGUGACAGCGAUCCAGAGUUUACACGGGGUCUCGAGCGUGCCCUCAAUGGAUUAUUAUCUGGAAAUUCCGACGCCGUUGGCACCGAGUUAGCGAAGAAGCUUAAGAUAGUGCAUUCAGAGGCCGAGUCUGCCUCCAAAGAAGAGACUGGGAAGGCUGAGGAGACGGAGGAGGCGGAGGAGUCUGAGGCUGAGGAGGCCGAUGAAGCCAAGGAGACAGAGGAAGCGACUGAGGAGGCUGGGAAUGAGGAGGCUGAAGAGGAGACUGGGAAGGCUGAGGAGAUGGAGGAGUCUGAGGCUAAGGAGGCCGAUGAAGCCAAGGAGACCGAGGAGGCUGGGAAUGAGGAGGCUGAAGAAGGUGACAGCGAUCCAGAGUUUACACGGGGUCUCGAGCGUGCCCUCAAUGGAUUAUUAUCUGGAAAUUCCGACGCCGUUGGCACCGAGUUAGCGAAGAAGCUUAAGAUAGUGCAUUCAGAGGCCGAGUCUGCCUCCAAAGAAGAGACUGGGAAGGCUGAGGAGACGGAGGAGGCGGAGGAGUCUGAGGCUGAGGAGGCCGAUGAAGCCAAGGAGACAGAGGAAGCGACUGAGGAGGCUGGGAAUGAGGAGGCUGAAGAGGGUGAAAAGGCUAAGGAAUCUGGGAAGGCUGAGGAGUCUGCCUCCAAAGAAGAGACUGGGAAGGCUGAGGAGACGGAGGAGGCGGAGGAGUCUGAGGCUGAGGAGGCCGAUGAAGCCAAGGAGACAGAGGAAGCGACUGAGGAGGCUGGGAAUGAGGAGGCUGAAGAGGAGACUGGGAAGGCUGAGGAGACGGAGGAGGCGGAGGAGUCUGAGGCUGAGGAGGCCGAUGAAGCCAAGGAGACAGAGGAAGCGACUGAGGAGGCUGGGAAUGAGGAGGCUGAAGAGGGUGAAAAGGCUAAGGAAUCUGGGAAGGCUGAGGAGUCUGCCUCCAAAGAAGAGACUGGGAAGGCUGAGGAGACGGAGGAGGCGGAGGAGUCUGAGGCUGAGGAGGCCGAUGAAGCCAAGGAGACAGAGGAAGCGACUGAGGAGGCUGGGAAUGAGGAGGCUGAAGAGGGUGAAAAGGCUAAGGAAUCUGGGAAGGCUGAGGAGUCUGCGGAGGAGUCUGAGGCUGAGGAGGCCGAUGAAGCCAAGGAGACAGAGGAAGCGACUGAGGAGGCUGGGAAUGAGGAGGCUGAAGAGGAGACUGGGAAGGCUGAGGAGACGGAGGAGGCGGAGGAGUCUGAGGCUGAGGAGGCCGAUGAAGCCAAGGAGACAGAGGAAGCGACUGAGGAGGCUGGGAAUGAGGAGGCUGAAGAGGAGACUGGGAAGGCUGAGGAGACGGAGGAGGCGGAGGAGUCUGAGGCUGAGGAGGCCGAUGAAGCCAAGGAGACAGAGGAAGCGACUGAGGAGGCUGGGAAUGAGGAGGCUGAAGAGGGUGAAAAGAAAGAAGAGACUGGGAAGGCUGAGGAGACGGAGGAGGCGGAGGAGUCUGAGGCUGAGGAGGCCGAUGAAGCCAAGGAGACAGAGGAAGCGACUGAGGAGGCUGAGGAGUCUGCCUCCAAAGAAGAGACUGGGAAGGCUGAGGAGACGGAGGAGGCGGAGGAGUCUGAGGCUGAGGAGGCCGAUGAAGCCAAGGAGACAGAGGAAGCUGAGGAGUCUGCCUCCAAAGAAGAGACUGGGAAGGCUGAGGAGACGGAGGAGGCGGAGGAGUCUGAGGCUGAGGAGGCCGAUGAAGCCAAGGAGACAGAGGAAGCGACUGAGGAGGCUGGGAAUGAGGAGGCUGAAGAGGGUGAAAAGGCUAAGGAAUCUGGGAAGGCUGAGGAGUCUGCCUCCAAAGAAGAGACUGGGAAGGCUGAGGAGACGGAGGAGGCGGAGGAGUCUGAGGCUGAGGAGGCCGAUGAAGCCAAGGAGACAGAGGAAGCGACUGAGGAGGCUGGGAAUGAGGAGGCUGAAGAGGGUGAAAAGGCUAAGGAAUCUGGGAAGGCUGAGGAGUCUGCCUCCAAAGAAGAGACUGGGAAGGCUGAGGAGACGGAGGAGGCGGAGGAGUCUGAGGCUGAGGAGGCCGAUGAAGCCAAGGAGACAGAGGAAGCGACUGAGGAGGCUGGGAAUGAGGAGGCUGAAGAGGAGACUGGGAAGGCUGAGGAGACGGAGGAGGCGGAGGAGUCUGAGGCUGAGGAGGCCGAUGAAGCCAAGGAGACAGAGGAAGCGACUGAGGAGGCUGGGAAUGAGGAGGCUGAAGAGGAGACUGGGAAGGCUGAGGAGACGGAGGAGGCGGAGGAGUCUGAGGCUGAGGAGGCCGAUGAAGCCAAGGAGACAGAGGAAGCGACUGAGGAGGCUGGGAAUGAGGAGGCUGAAGAGGAGACUGGGAAGGCUGAGGAGACGGAGGAGGCGGAGGAGUCUGAGGCUGAGGAGGCCGAUGAAGCCAAGGAGACAGAGGAAGCGACUGAGGAGGCUGGGAAUGAGGAGGCUGAAGAGGAGACUGGGAAGGCUGAGGAGACGGAGGAGGCGGAGGAGUCUGAGGCUGAGGAGGCCGAUGAAGCCAAGGAGACAGAGGAAGCGACUGAGGAGGCUGGGAAUGAGGAGGCUGAAGAGGAGACUGGGAAGGCUGAGGAGACGGAGGAGGCGGAGGAGUCUGAGGCUGAGGAGGCCGAUGAAGCCAAGGAGACAGAGGAAGCGACUGAGGAGGCUGGGAAUGAGGAGGCUGAAGAGGAGACUGGGAAGGCUGAGGAGACGGAGGAGGCGGAGGAGUCUGAGGCUGAGGAGGCCGAUGAAGCCAAGGAGACAGAGGAAGCGACUGAGGAGGCUGGGAAUGAGGAGGCUGAAGAGGAGACUGGGAAGGCUGAGGAGACGGAGGAGGCGGAGGAGUCUGAGGCUGAGGAGGCCGAUGAAGCCAAGGAGACAGAGGAAGCGACUGAGGAGGCUGGGAAUGAGGAGGCUGAAGAGGAGACUGGGAAGGCUGAGGAGACGGAGGAGGCGGAGGAGUCUGAGGCUGAGGAGGCCGAUGAAGCCAAGGAGACAGAGGAAGCGACUGAGGAGGCUGGGAAUGAGGAGGCUGAAGAGGAGACUGGGAAGGCUGAGGAGACGGAGGAGGCGGAGGAGUCUGAGGCUGAGGAGGCCGAUGAAGCCAAGGAGACAGAGGAAGCGACUGAGGAGGCUGGGAAUGAGGAGGCUGAAGAGGAGACUGGGAAGGCUGAGGAGACGGAGGAGGCGGAGGAGUCUGAGGCUGAGGAGGCCGAUGAAGCCAAGGAGACAGAGGAAGCGACUGAGGAGGCUGGGAAUGAGGAGGCUGAAGAGGAGACUGGGAAGGCUGAGGAGACGGAGGAGGCGGAGGAGUCUGAGGCUGAGGAGGCCGAUGAAGCCAAGGAGACAGAGGAAGCGACUGAGGAGGCUGGGAAUGAGGAGGCUGAAGAGGAGACUGGGAAGGCUGAGGAGACGGAGGAGGCGGAGGAGUCUGAGGCUGAGGAGGCCGAUGAAGCCAAGGAGACAGAGGAAGCGACUGAGGAGGCUGGGAAUGAGGAGGCUGAAGAGGAGACUGGGAAGGCUGAGGAGACGGAGGAGGCGGAGGAGUCUGAGGCUGAGGAGGCCGAUGAAGCCAAGGAGACAGAGGAAGCGACUGAGGAGGCUGGGAAUGAGGAGGCUGAAGAGGAGACUGGGAAGGCUGAGGAGACGGAGGAGGCGGAGGAGUCUGAGGCUGAGGAGGCCGAUGAAGCCAAGGAGACAGAGGAAGCGACUGAGGAGGCUGGGAAUGAGGAGGCUGAAGAGGAGACUGGGAAGGCUGAGGAGACGGAGGAGGCGGAGGAGUCUGAGGCUGAGGAGGCCGAUGAAGCCAAGGAGACAGAGGAAGCGACUGAGGAGGCUGGGAAUGAGGAGGCUGAAGAGGAGACUGGGAAGGCUGAGGAGACGGAGGAGGCGGAGGAGUCUGAGGCUGAGGAGGCCGAUGAAGCCAAGGAGACAGAGGAAGCGACUGAGGAGGCUGGGAAUGAGGAGGCUGAAGAGGAGACUGGGAAGGCUGAGGAGACGGAGGAGGCGGAGGAGUCUGAGGCUGAGGAGGCCGAUGAAGCCAAGGAGACAGAGGAAGCGACUGAGGAGGCUGGGAAUGAGGAGGCUGAAGAGGAGACUGGGAAGGCUGAGGAGACGGAGGAGGCGGAGGAGUCUGAGGCUGAGGAGGCCGAUGAAGCCAAGGAGACAGAGGAAGCGACUGAGGAGGCUGGGAAUGAGGAGGCUGAAGAGGAGACUGGGAAGGCUGAGGAGACGGAGGAGGCGGAGGAGUCUGAGGCUGAGGAGGCCGAUGAAGCCAAGGAGACAGAGGAAGCGACUGAGGAGGCUGGGAAUGAGGAGGCUGAAGAGGAGACUGGGAAGGCUGAGGAGACGGAGGAGGCGGAGGAGUCUGAGGCUGAGGAGGCCGAUGAAGCCAAGGAGACAGAGGAAGCGACUGAGGAGGCUGGGAAUGAGGAGGCUGAAGAGGAGACUGGGAAGGCUGAGGAGACGGAGGAGGCGGAGGAGUCUGAGGCUGAGGAGGCCGAUGAAGCCAAGGAGACAGAGGAAGCGACUGAGGAGGCUGGGAAUGAGGAGGCUGAAGAGGAGACUGGGAAGGCUGAGGAGACGGAGGAGGCGGAGGAGUCUGAGGCUGAGGAGGCCGAUGAAGCCAAGGAGACAGAGGAAGCGACUGAGGAGGCUGGGAAUGAGGAGGCUGAAGAGGAGACUGGGAAGGCUGAGGAGACGGAGGAGGCGGAGGAGUCUGAGGCUGAGGAGGCCGAUGAAGCCAAGGAGACAGAGGAAGCGACUGAGGAGGCUGGGAAUGAGGAGGCUGAAGAGGAGACUGGGAAGGCUGAGGAGACGGAGGAGGCGGAGGAGUCUGAGGCUGAGGAGGCCGAUGAAGCCAAGGAGACAGAGGAAGCGACUGAGGAGGCUGGGAAUGAGGAGGCUGAAGAGGAGACUGGGAAGGCUGAGGAGACGGAGGAGGCGGAGGAGUCUGAGGCUGAGGAGGCCGAUGAAGCCAAGGAGACAGAGGAAGCGACUGAGGAGGCUGGGAAUGAGGAGGCUGAAGAGGAGACUGGGAAGGCUGAGGAGACGGAGGAGGCGGAGGAGUCUGAGGCUGAGGAGGCCGAUGAAGCCAAGGAGACAGAGGAAGCGACUGAGGAGGCUGGGAAUGAGGAGGCUGAAGAGGAGACUGGGAAGGCUGAGGAGACGGAGGAGGCGGAGGAGUCUGAGGCUGAGGAGGCCGAUGAAGCCAAGGAGACAGAGGAAGCGACUGAGGAGGCUGGGAAUGAGGAGGCUGAAGAGGAGACUGGGAAGGCUGAGGAGACGGAGGAGGCGGAGGAGUCUGAGGCUGAGGAGGCCGAUGAAGCCAAGGAGACAGAGGAAGCGACUGAGGAGGCUGGGAAUGAGGAGGCUGAAGAGGAGACUGGGAAGGCUGAGGAGACGGAGGAGGCGGAGGAGUCUGAGGCUGAGGAGGCCGAUGAAGCCAAGGAGACAGAGGAAGCGACUGAGGAGGCUGGGAAUGAGGAGGCUGAAGAGGAGACUGGGAAGGCUGAGGAGACGGAGGAGGCGGAGGAGUCUGAGGCUGAGGAGGCCGAUGAAGCCAAGGAGACAGAGGAAGCGACUGAGGAGGCUGGGAAUGAGGAGGCUGAAGAGGAGACUGGGAAGGCUGAGGAGACGGAGGAGGCGGAGGAGUCUGAGGCUGAGGAGGCCGAUGAAGCCAAGGAGACAGAGGAAGCGACUGAGGAGGCUGGGAAUGAGGAGGCUGAAGAGGAGACUGGGAAGGCUGAGGAGACGGAGGAGGCGGAGGAGUCUGAGGCUGAGGAGGCCGAUGAAGCCAAGGAGACAGAGGAAGCGACUGAGGAGGCUGGGAAUGAGGAGGCUGAAGAGGAGACUGGGAAGGCUGAGGAGACGGAGGAGGCGGAGGAGUCUGAGGCUGAGGAGGCCGAUGAAGCCAAGGAGACAGAGGAAGCGACUGAGGAGGCUGGGAAUGAGGAGGCUGAAGAGGAGACUGGGAAGGCUGAGGAGACGGAGGAGGCGGAGGAGUCUGAGGCUGAGGAGGCCGAUGAAGCCAAGGAGACAGAGGAAGCGACUGAGGAGGCUGGGAAUGAGGAGGCUGAAGAGGAGACUGGGAAGGCUGAGGAGACGGAGGAGGCGGAGGAGUCUGAGGCUGAGGAGGCCGAUGAAGCCAAGGAGACAGAGGAAGCGACUGAGGAGGCUGGGAAUGAGGAGGCUGAAGAGGAGACUGGGAAGGCUGAGGAGACGGAGGAGGCGGAGGAGUCUGAGGCUGAGGAGGCCGAUGAAGCCAAGGAGACAGAGGAAGCGACUGAGGAGGCUGGGAAUGAGGAGGCUGAAGAGGAGACUGGGAAGGCUGAGGAGACGGAGGAGGCGGAGGAGUCUGAGGCUGAGGAGGCCGAUGAAGCCAAGGAGACAGAGGAAGCGACUGAGGAGGCUGGGAAUGAGGAGGCUGAAGAGGAGACUGGGAAGGCUGAGGAGACGGAGGAGGCGGAGGAGUCUGAGGCUGAGGAGGCCGAUGAAGCCAAGGAGACAGAGGAAGCGACUGAGGAGGCUGGGAAUGAGGAGGCUGAAGAGGAGACUGGGAAGGCUGAGGAGACGGAGGAGGCGGAGGAGUCUGAGGCUGAGGAGGCCGAUGAAGCCAAGGAGACAGAGGAAGCGACUGAGGAGGCUGGGAAUGAGGAGGCUGAAGAGGAGACUGGGAAGGCUGAGGAGACGGAGGAGGCGGAGGAGUCUGAGGCUGAGGAGGCCGAUGAAGCCAAGGAGACAGAGGAAGCGACUGAGGAGGCUGGGAAUGAGGAGGCUGAAGAGGAGACUGGGAAGGCUGAGGAGACGGAGGAGGCGGAGGAGUCUGAGGCUGAGGAGGCCGAUGAAGCCAAGGAGACAGAGGAAGCGACUGAGGAGGCUGGGAAUGAGGAGGCUGAAGAGGAGACUGGGAAGGCUGAGGAGACGGAGGAGGCGGAGGAGUCUGAGGCUGAGGAGGCCGAUGAAGCCAAGGAGACAGAGGAAGCGACUGAGGAGGCUGGGAAUGAGGAGGCUGAAGAGGAGACUGGGAAGGCUGAGGAGACGGAGGAGGCGGAGGAGUCUGAGGCUGAGGAGGCCGAUGAAGCCAAGGAGACAGAGGAAGCGACUGAGGAGGCUGGGAAUGAGGAGGCUGAAGAGGAGACUGGGAAGGCUGAGGAGACGGAGGAGGCGGAGGAGUCUGAGGCUGAGGAGGCCGAUGAAGCCAAGGAGACAGAGGAAGCGACUGAGGAGGCUGGGAAUGAGGAGGCUGAAGAGGAGACUGGGAAGGCUGAGGAGACGGAGGAGGCGGAGGAGUCUGAGGCUGAGGAGGCCGAUGAAGCCAAGGAGACAGAGGAAGCGACUGAGGAGGCUGGGAAUGAGGAGGCUGAAGAGGAGACUGGGAAGGCUGAGGAGACGGAGGAGGCGGAGGAGUCUGAGGCUGAGGAGGCCGAUGAAGCCAAGGAGACAGAGGAAGCGACUGAGGAGGCUGGGAAUGAGGAGGCUGAAGAGGAGACUGGGAAGGCUGAGGAGACGGAGGAGGCGGAGGAGUCUGAGGCUGAGGAGGCCGAUGAAGCCAAGGAGACAGAGGAAGCGACUGAGGAGGCUGGGAAUGAGGAGGCUGAAGAGGAGACUGGGAAGGCUGAGGAGACGGAGGAGGCGGAGGAGUCUGAGGCUGAGGAGGCCGAUGAAGCCAAGGAGACAGAGGAAGCGACUGAGGAGGCUGGGAAUGAGGAGGCUGAAGAGGAGACUGGGAAGGCUGAGGAGACGGAGGAGGCGGAGGAGUCUGAGGCUGAGGAGGCCGAUGAAGCCAAGGAGACAGAGGAAGCGACUGAGGAGGCUGGGAAUGAGGAGGCUGAAGAGGAGACUGGGAAGGCUGAGGAGACGGAGGAGGCGGAGGAGUCUGAGGCUGAGGAGGCCGAUGAAGCCAAGGAGACAGAGGAAGCGACUGAGGAGGCUGGGAAUGAGGAGGCUGAAGAGGAGACUGGGAAGGCUGAGGAGAUGGAGGAGUCUGAGGCUAAGGAGGCCGAUGAAGCCAAGGAGACCGAGGAGGCUGGGAAUGAGGAGGCUGAAGAGGGUGACAGCGAUCCAGAGUUUACACGGGGUCUCGAGCGUGCCCUCAAUGGAUUAUUAUCUGGAAAUUCCGACGCCGUUGGCACCGAGUUAGCGGAUUUAACAAUCAACUAUAAUGAUUCUAAAAAAGAAAAAAUUGACAUGAAUAUCAACUCACAUAUACAUGCAACCACCUGA